AUGACUUGCCAAGCAUUUGCUUCAUCUGACACCUUUGUACCCUUGAAUUCUGACUCUUCUCCCUCUCUGCCUUUGAUAAUGCAUCACAGCGCUGCAGAGUGCCUGCCGGUUACUAACCAUGCCACCAAUGUUGUGUCUACAGCGACAGGCCUUCAUUACUCUGUGCCUUCUUGUCAUUAUGGAAAUCAACCAUCUACCUACGGUGUGAUGGCAGGUAGCCUGACUCCUUGCCUUUAUAAAUUCCCGGAGCAUGCUCUGAGUGCCAGCUCAUGUGCCCUAGGCCAUGGCUUCACACCCAUGCACCAGUCCCUCCUCACAGAGGAUCCCACCACCACAGACUUCAAGCAGGAGUUCCGCAGAAAGAGCAAGUCUGUUGAAGAGCCAGUUGAUAUGGACUCCCCUGAAAUCAGAGAACUGGAGAAAUUUGCUAAUGAAUUUAAGCUGCGGAGAAUUAAGCUGGGUUAUACACAAACCAACGUUGGAGAAGCACUGGCUGCUGUGCACGGCUCUGAAUUCAGUCAAACUACUAUUUGCCGGUUUGAAAACUUGCAGCUGAGUUUCAAGAAUGCAUGCAAGCUAAAGUCAAUACUGUCCAAGUGGCUGGAGGAAGCAGAACAAGUAGGAGCUUUAUACAAUGAAAAAGUUGGAGUGAAUGAGCGGAAGAGGAAGCGCAGAACCACCAUAAGUAUUGCUGCCAAAGAAGCCCUAGAGAGGCACUUUGGAGAACAAAGUAAGCCUUCUUCUCAGGAAAUUAUGAGGAUGGCUGAGGGGCUCAAUCUUGAGAAAGAAGUUGUGAGAGUUUGGUUUUGCAACAGAAGACAAAGGGAAAAAAGAGUGAAGACAAGUUUACAUCAGAAUGCCUUUAGUUCUGUUAUCAAGGAGCAUCAUGAAUGCCAGUAA